GCUGGUAUUUGUCCCGCCCACCCCCGCCAACCCGGUUCCGCUUCCGGUUGGAGGAGCGCUGGGCUUUAGGGAGUGUUUGUUGUGGUGGUCGCGAUGGGAAAGUCAGAUUUUCUUACCCCCAAGGCUAUUGCCAACAGGAUCAAAUCCAAGGGGCUUCAGAAGCUGCGCUGGUAUUGCCAGAUGUGCCAGAAGCAGUGCCGGGACGAGAAUGGCUUUAAAUGUCAUUGUAUGUCCGAAUCUCAUCAGAGACAACUAUUACUGGCUUCAGAAAAUCCUCAGCAGUUUAUGGAUUAUUUUUCAGAGGAAUUCCGAAACGACUUUCUAGAACUUCUCAGGAGACGCUUUGGCACAAAGAGAGUCCACAACAACAUUGUCUACAAUGAGUACAUCAGCCACCGAGAGCACAUCCAUAUGAAUGCCACGCAGUGGGAAACUCUGACUGAUUUUACCAAGUGGCUGGGCAGAGAGGGCUUGUGCAAAGUGGAUGAGACACCGAAAGGCUGGUAUAUUCAGUACAUAGACAGGGACCCAGAAACCAUCCGCCGGCAACUGGAACUGGAGAAAAAGAAGAAGCAGGACCUUGAUGAUGAAGAAAAAACUGCCAAAUUUAUUGAAGAGCAAGUGCGGAGAGGUCUGGAAGGGAAGGAACAGGAGGCCCCUAUUUUUACGGAAUUAAGUAGAGAAAAUGAUGAAGAGAAAGUUACGUUUAAUUUGAAUAAAGGAGCAUGUAGUUCAGCAGGAGCAACAUCUUCCAAGUCAAGUUCUUUGGGGCCAAGUGCACUGAAGACGAUAGGGAGUACAGCGUCAGUGAAACGAAAAGAAUCUUCCCAGAGCUCAGCUCAGUCCAAGGAAAAGAAGAAAAAGAAAUCAGCACUGGAUGAGAUCAUGGAGGAAAUCAUCGUAAAAAUUAUAACCAAAAAACUGGGUGACAAAUAUCACAAGAAAAAGGGUAUCGUUAAGGAAGUAAUUGACAAAUACACAGCUGUGGUCAAGAUGAUUGAUUCGGGAGACAAGCUGAAACUUGACCAGACUCAUUUAGAGACAGUGAUUCCAGCACCAGGAAAAAGAAUUCUAGUUUUAAAUGGAGGUUACAGAGGAAAUGAAGGUACCCUAGAGUCCAUCAAUGAGAAGACUUUUUCAGCUACUAUAGUCAUUGAAACUGUAAGUUUGUUUACACAAAGACAGAAAUUUCAAAAUGCUUUAAAUAUGUGCUAUAGUUUUUUUUUUUUUUUAAUUGGACUGGUCUUUGUUUUAUUUUAG